UUGACCGAUACAGAGGAAUGGCAAGGGGUACAUUUUGUAGGAGGCUGCGGAGCAGGUCGCCGUUCAUAUAUAGCUCAGUGCCUGUUGCCCCUUUUCCCUCUGCACGUGUUCAGAUGUGUAACCCAGAAUUUGGUCUUGGUCAGUUUUUGGAUAGAAUGCAAUAAUUCUCCUGAUUACUUAACUACCUUGCGCAAAGACACAAUAUCAUAUUGUAACCAGAUCCUUUAUUUACUGUAUUUCUUAUUGUUUACUAAUUGAAAACAAUGUGAUGCAUGGAACAUAAUCGGCCUACAUCAAUCAAUUAAUAGUAUAUCAAGUAGUUAUGAGAAGUGUUACCUUGCCAAUUCUAGACAGCAUCAAUAGUGUACAAUAUACAUUAACAGUAGCUAACCGAACCACCUCUUUUCCUCCAAUCACUUUCUCGGGUGAAGGACAUCUCACUGGAGGCCACAGGAACUUUGUGAAGCCAGCGGGGCACAAUACAUGGAGAGAUGACCAACAAAUCACUCUUGAUGAGGGGAGUGGAACCUCAACCCAGCAUGUUAUCAUGAUAGAGUCUGCAGAUGGAGAGGCUGCAGGUACUGGAGGAUCGUGUCUGGUCAAGCAGGAGAGGACUGAAGGAGACGACCCACAACACAGCAGAGAAAUCCAGACUGUAGACACGGGGGACCACUCCACCACCGCUAUGCCCCAGCCCAGGACCAGACGCAGCAUCACGGCAGUCAGUGGAAUGCCGAACGCCGUCCUCAAGUCCGAGACAGACAAAGAGACUUUAACUGUAACCAAAAGGCUUUUACACACAGGAUCUGACCACAGGUCAGACCCAGAGAGACUGAGGCUGGGGCCACUGGGCUGUCCUGCUGUUCCUGGCUCAGAGUACUUACCAUUAUUUCGUCAGAGCCAGAUGACGGAUCAUUCCUGUGGAGAUGGUGAUCGUGACCCGUUAGACACAGGCAGUGAUGAUCCGUCUUGUUCUUACUCUACAGAGCUGGACCCUGGCAACAUGCCCUUGGGUUUAGAGACACAGACUGAUAUGUCUAGAGGGGACUGGAACCGGUACAGUAGUAGUGUAUACUAUGAAGGGUGCCUAGAUAAGAAAGGGGAGGGUCUGGUCGUAGAUGAAGUGAAAGUGGAGGGCGACACUCCUCCCACACGGAAUGGAGAUCGUCACCUUGGAGACGGACACUCACAGGGCAGAGAUUUCUUAGAUUACAGGGAAAGCUUAGAGACAAAUCCAAAUGUCACAAACCACUGCACUUUACACACAUUCAGGGAUGGCGACCCAGUGUCCAUGUCGAUGGGACCUUCCGACCCACACGGCUCAAAUGACAGGGCUAGAGCCCAGGCUCAGGGAGGGGAAGCAACAUCAGGCAAUAGUAAAGAUAAACGGUUCCUCUGCAUGUUCUGUAACAAAGGCUUCAGCUGCCUCCAGAAGGUGGAGAUCCACCAGAGGGUCCACACAGGGGAGAAACCCUUCAGCUGUACCCAGUGUCAGAUGCGUUUUGCCCAGACUGGUGACCUAAAAAGGCAUCAGAGGGUCCACACGGGGGAGAAACCAUUCGGCUGCCACCUGUGCCGGGCUAGUUUCUCCCACUCCUCCAGCCUGAAAAGGCACCAGAGGGUCCACACAGGGGAGAAACCCUACAGUUGCCCUCAGUGUGAGAAGAGGUUCUCCCACCAGCACCAUUUGAAGAUGCACCUGAAGGUCCACACGGGAGCGAGGUCGUUUGCCUGUACGCACUGCGGGAAAAGUUUCUCAGAGAGGAGCUACCUCAGAAUACACCAGCAGAAAAAACAUUCCAUUCUAUAACAUAGAAAGUAACCAUUAUGCUCAAAGUUUAGAUCAAACCUUACAUUAAAGACAAAGAUUCAUUUAUUGUUGUCAGCAGAAAAGAAACAGAGGUGCAUUUGGUAUAACAAGAGUUACAGAUUUCAGUGUUGAAUAUUCCUGAGUAGAAUAUUGCAUCGAGACAGUGUGUGAUAUAUAAUAUAUACAGUGCCUUCGGGAA